UUCAUCGUCCACAAAAUACUUUGACCAUGUCUGCUUUGCGUCUACUCUCCUCUGCCGCCCGACGUGCACCAUCAGCGCUCGCACAGCAGCGACGAGGAUACGCUGAAGUAGCCGACAAAAUCAGCCUUUCUCUGGUCCUUCCUCACCAGGCUAUCUUCACUUCCACAGAUGUUGUUCAGGUGAACCUUGCUGCUGCAACAGGUGACAUGGGUAUCCUGGCAAACCAUGUUCCCUCCAUCGAGGCUCUGCGUCCUGGUUUGAUCGAGGUUGUUGAGUCGGGAAACGCUUCCAAGAAGUGGUUUGCUUCCGGUGGCUUCGCAACUGUACACCCCGGUAACAAACUCACCAUUAACGUCGUCGAGGCUGCGCCUUUGGAGUCAUUCUCUUCCGAGGCCGUUCGUGCAAAUCUACAGGAGGCAUUGAAGGUCGCUGCAGGGAACGGAUCCGAGGAGGACAAAAUGGAAGCACGGAUAGAGGCUGAUGUGUAUGAGGCCUUGCAACAUGCUUUGGGGUCGAAGUAAAAUUGUGAUUCCAGCCACCGGCCGUAUCGCUAGAGUAUUACUUAUUCCAACCUUGAUAACGCUCUUA